AAUUCAGUUCAUAAUAUUCUACAUGGUAUCAGAGCCUCUUUUCUGGGAAGUCACGUAAAACCCUAGGGGUCUCCAUUUUCUAUCGUCGUCGUCACCGUACCAGUCCCAUCGCCAGCCGGUUUUUCGUCGUCGCCGGCCUCGUGUGUCGCCAGGGAACGUCGUCGGUCCAGCAGGUCCUCCCUCCAUCGUCAGUUCUUCGUCUUCAUCGCGUAUCAUCAUGUCAGCCGACGGGAACUCAAACCCUAAGAAGACAAGAUUGAUUCACGAUCCGUCGUCAAUAUACUAUCUUCAUCCUUCUGAAGGUCCCGGUAACUCUUUGACCAAAUAUCUGUUGAAAAGUGAUAAUUUUGAUAUUUGGGAAAAGGCAAUUCGUAAUGCUCUUUGUGGUCGUGGUAAAUCUGUUUUUUUAUCCCCCGGCGGUAUUCCCAAACCUACCGAUGAACAUGAGUUGUCUGCGUGGUCUGCCAAUAAUCAAAUAAUUUGUAGUUGGAUCUUCAAUAGUGUUGACGAAUCCAUCCAGCCUAGUAUUGUGUCUCACUCUGUUGCCUCUGUGCUAUGGGAGGAUUUGAAGAAACGUUAUGGUUGUUCUAAUGGUCCUCGUGUAUAUCAAUUGAAGUCUGAAUUGAACUCCUUGCGCCAAAAGGGACAAACAUUUGUCUCGUACUAUAAUCAGUUCAUCACUUUAUGGAAUCAACUCCAUGGCACGUCUGAUCCCACUAAUGGCUGCAAAUGUGAGGCGGCAGCCCUCACGCGUGCACGUAUAGAACGAGAUAAAACUAUUGAUUUUUUGCUUGGAUUGGAUGAUGAACAGUUUGGUCCCAUUCGGUCCCAAAUUCUUGGCACCGAACCAGUUGUUGAUAUUGAUCGUGCAUAUUUUUUAGUCACUCAGGAAGAGCGUCACCGUCAUAUUGUGCGUGCUCGUGAUGAUCGCACGGAUUCAGUUGCGUUUGCUGCUAAGACGGAUCGACAUCCUUCCCCGUAUGGAAAACCGUUAUGCUCUCACUGUGGUCGCACCAAUCACAGUGUGGAAACGUGUUUUGAGAUCAUAGGUUUUCCACCACAGUACGGCCGGGGAGGAGGAAAUCGGGGUGGUUCCACCUGCGGUGGUCGUGGCGCUGGUCUACCCGCCGGCAGAGGAGGCCGUGGGUCUGGCGGCAUUCUGGGAAGUAAGCCAGCCCAGUCCGGCAGUGGGUCGGCUGUCGUCCCGGCUCCUGCAGUUCAUGCCGCAUCGGGUGAUGCGAACAGUUCUCUCAGCGAUCAAAUGAGCCGUCUCAUGUCCAUGUUGGAAGCAUCCGCCUCACACACCUAUUCGGGCUCUGGGUUUAUCGAUCGUCGAACCUUCGUGCUUGGUAAGAGACGAAAGAACAAGAGGCAGAAUUACGAUUCGAAAGAGCGCUACCAACGUGCACAUCGUAAGGCUCGCAUAGCAAAGCUAAGGAUCUGGAAGCGCCGGAAGGCAGCAUGGGAAAGAGAUGAUCCAGAGGAAACGUUCAGCGUGGACUCUGCCAACAGUAUCUGCGGCGCAGGUGUGGAUAUUCCUCUAGUGGACUCAGCCCGACUAGACAAGUGAGUCACGUGCUAACUUAUGGCAUAGUCGAGACUAGUAUAUAACAAAAAUGUCUUAUUCAUAAUAAAAAGUUGAAGAAAAAAAUAAAAAGUGUGAAUCGUA